AUGCGGAUUACUGCUCCAGCCGGCGGAUCCGGCGGCUGCUUCCGGCCCCAGGGCUUCCCACAAUCCUUCGCUCCUUCUGUCUCGCCCGGCUCCUGGCUGCUCUUCCGGUGGAGAUGGCUGCGACCCUGGCUGGGAAGUUGCGAGGGGGUCUCCUGCCCCAGGCGGGACACAGGCCUUAUCCGGCUCCUCCGUCGGGAGAUAGAUGCAGUUUUCCGAGACAACCGAAUGAUAGCUGUCUGUCAGAAUGUGGCUCUGAGUGCCGAGGACAAGCUUCUCAUGCGGCACCAGCUGCGGAAACACAAGAUCUUGAUGAAGAUCUUCCCCAACCAGGUUCUGAAGCCCUUCCUAGCAGAUUCCAAGUACCAGAACCUGCUGCCCCUCUUUGUGGGGCACAACUUUCUGCUGGUCAGUGAGGAGCCAAAAGUCAAGGAGAUGGUGCGCAUCUUGAAGGGUGUCCCUUUCCUGCCCCUGCUAGGUGGCUGCAUUGACGACACCAUCCUCAGCAGGCAGGGCUUCAUCAACUACUCCAAGCUUCCCAGCCUGGCCCUGGUGCAGGGGGAGCUGGUAGGAGGACUCACCUGCCUCAUGGCCCAGACCCACUUCCUGCUUCAGCACCAGCCCCUGCAGCUGACUGCCCUGUUGGAUCAGUACAUCAGGCAGCAACGUGAAAGGGACACCGUCGUGCCAGCCAGCGGGCAGCCUGACCCUCCUGACCCUGUUCCGGACUCAUAGCCAGCCUGUUGUACCCAGCCUGCCCACAGACACACUGUACCCUUGCCGGCCGUGCCAUCACCCAUCAGAGAUGUGGAAGAACUUGGGGUGGGGAGUGGCAUGUGUUCCCCAACUUCACUGACCACGACCUCCUCAGAUACAUGGCCACUCAGAGAUGGGGAGGCACUCCAUUACUUCAUUUCCCGGUGGAGGCUUUUAAUCAGUGUCUUUGUCCCUAGUUUUCCCAACCGGAGACCUCAUAGAAGCAGUCUUUCAGCUCUCCACGUCCAAGGCAGAGAAGCUGAGCAGAUGAGGGCGUUGCUCUCUGCUUCCGUGUCCACUGUCCCUUGCUGCCCGUGUCUCCCAGCCUAUCCCCUCGUGGGUCCAACGCGCUGGAAUAGCUCACCUGGGUAACCGUGCUGAGAAUGGCAUCUCUGGAGAGCCUGUUGUGCCUGGCUCUGGGCCCACCACUUUACAUGCUAUUCCCCUUGUCACAGAGAAGAAAACUAUGAGGUGGCGAAGUUCGACAGCCAGCCCCAGGUUGUGCAGCUGAUAAGAGGCAGAACAGGACUUGAAUCGGGUUCUGUCCGCUCUGAAGACCUUGCCCUGGAUCUCUGCCCUAGACCUUGCUCAUUAGGGUCCCGGUUGUGCCUAAAUGUCAAUUCUCCACCCUCGGGGUGUGCCAUGUUACGGAAGAGGUUGG